CCAAGCUAAUGGUUUAACGAGAGGCAUUCGCGAUGUUUUUGGAGCCAUUAGCUUGCAAUAUAUUUUUACCGAUGUAUGAAUUAAACAUCUCAGUGCAUUACUCGCUAAUGGCUUUGCAAGAGACGCUGCUUAAGGUCGGUGAUGUUUUUUAAACCAUCAGAUGGCAGAAAUCGUCAAUAUCUGAUGAGAAAUCGGCUGGUGUUAGACGGAGAAUAAUAGCAAGGUCACACGCGGGAUCGUGCGAAUUCGAGGUGCUCGCAUUGUGCCCCUUCACAUGAUGAUAGCAGAUAAAAUUUGCGUGGAAUGUCAUGCGUAUAUUCAUAGGUAAAAAAACCCGAAAGCUUUCUCACAAGUCCUGCUAUCGAGGAUAAUUUUUUUCGAUGUCACUUGGCUGUCAGCAGCUGUUUUUAAAAGUAGCGCAACUCAGCAAUGAGACGAAACAAAUGACAUGUCGAUUGUUAAUUGCUAGCCGACCUAUCACGACGCGUUCAGCCAAUGGGAGCGCUCCCUCGCGCUAGAAACCCCGUUGUCCCGCUUCGCAUAACAAAGAACUACACUUGAUAACUUGACUUUGAACGAGUGAGUGAAUGUUGAAAAUUUCGGGGUGACUAAACGGAUCGUAGAUUGCCGCCUGUACUGAACUAAAUACUCGCUAUGAUAGUCUGUGAUGAUACGGGGUGAUGGUGAAACGUUGUAUUUCUGAGAACGGUACACGGACUGUCUUGCUUAUAAUAUGCUCAAUAAGCUAUCUGCUCGUUGGCGCUGCGGUAUUCAGCGCCUUAGAGUACGAGGAAGAUCAGAAAAGACGUAAACAUAUUCGUCAACUUUUCGAAAGCUUCCAAGCGAAAUACAACAUCAGCAAAGAUGAUUUCGACAAGUGGGCCGAAGUCCAGCGAUAUCAGCGAAGCUACAAUUCUAAUGUCGAGCAAUGGAGUUUCGCCGGUUCCGUGUACUUCGCUACGACUGUUAUAACAACUAUAGGCUAUGGGCAUACAGUUCCUCGUACGGCCCGAGGGAAGAUAUUCUGCAUGAUUUACGCUACGAUUGGGAUUCCUUUGGCUAUUACAGCGCUACAGUCGAUCGGGGAACGGUUCAAUGCGCUGGUUAGAUACAGUUACCGAAUAAUUAUGCGACGUUUCGGAAAGAAACGGGAAAUUAGCACAAACAGCAUGGCCGCUGUUGGACUAGUGGGCCUUGCCAUUACAGUUUGUUUUGGAGCGGCGAUUUUUAGUCAUUACGAACGAUGGGAUUACUUUCUUUCGUUCUACUACUGUUUUGUUACCCUCACUACGAUCGGUUUCGGCGAUUACGUUGCUCUUCAGGACAGCAUUGAGGAACGCUUUGGAAUUUUUUACAUAAGUCUAUCGAUGAUUUUCAUUUUCAUCGGCCUGACGAUAGCCUCGUCGUUUUUGAACUUGCUCGUUCUGAGGAUGAUGGAGAUUAGGAACAAAACUUCGAAGCCGAAGGAAAGACUUCUCCCGGGCGCGUUGGAAAACUGUGAGAACUGUCAAACGCACUCGCUGAAUGAGACAACUCAAGUCACGGAUGUUGACUACGUUUCCGACCUGCUGCGGCAUUUUGAAGAUGAAGUUACGUUCACUACUUAUAGAACUAUGUAUAGUCGUAAGCGAGCGUCGAUUUAACAUACGAUGGCAUAGGAAGGCGCGCGCGUUAAUUGGUCUAAACGCGGACCCAUACCAGCAAAACGCCGUACGCUUUUCAACGCGUGUAUACUGCAUUUUGGGUGAAAAUUUUGCCCGAGGCAAAACACAAAACAAACUCCUUGUUGAAGGAGGAAGGAACGAAAUGAAAACAAAAAGCUUUUAAUCUGAUUUCAAAACAUUCAUGUGUCCGAAGUUUGACUUAUUGCUUUUGUCUGGGCUAUAUUAAACACUUCGCUUUUUCGCUCUUCAAGAGCAAAAUGGUUUCUACUUGGAAGCGAAAAGAAUUUAUUCGUCCUGAGCGCUAUUGCUGUUAAAUGGCAAAUUAUAAUGCCGUGCCAUUAAAAAAUAUUUUGUAGCAACAAUGUUUCCAAGUUUGUCCAGCUGUUUAAAUAGUCUCGGGAUGGUUCACUCAAAGCGGUGAAUUUCGGUAAACAGAAGGAAAACGAACCUUGCCGGCGUCGUGCGAUUUCGAUCCGGCAGAAAAUGCGACAUUUUUUCCACCCAUAAUGCAGUAUAUUGCACGUGCGAAAAGCAAAAUGACAAUUUUUAAGAAAAACUGUAGCAAUUUCGCGAUGCAAAAAGUCGUAGCCGUAGGAUAAACAUUCGGGGUUUAAGUGUGAAUUGUCGCUGGCAUGUCAAGCAAAUGAACUGAUGAUAAUAUUGAGAGGAUAACGGCCCAAGGGCCGCGGAGGCAUCUCAGAGGGGUACCCUACCCUGUCCCACUUUUGAAAACCAAAAAAUGUGGUCCUUUUUCAAGCGAGUGCGAUUUUCUUCGAAGCCUCGUUACUAGUAUUAAAACUCAAUUUAUCGGCAUGGAUUGAGUGUCGUGUAAGCGGGACUUUAAGUCUAUAUACCUCGCUGUUUUCACAUUUUUUUGGGUAAAUAACAUAAGCCGAAUUCAUAUUAGGGACGGGAAAUUAAUCUUAGAUGGGAGAGUUGAUAGCAAAAACCCGUCUGAAUAUGAAUAGGGUGGAUACAUUUAUACGUUUAUGACGGGUCGGGUAAUGUUAAAAAAGGUAUCCUAAUUAUUGCGAUAUAAUCAUUUUGUUUAUUUGCUCUUAGCCUUGUUCCGUCCUUGACCGUGUUGAUAUUUCAGAAACUCGUCUGAUUUAUCCGUCUAAUGCGGAUUUAAGACAAGUUUCCCGUCCAACUUACCCGUCUGUUUAGACAGCAAAAUUUGGACGAGAAACCCGUCUUUGACCGCAUUCACAUCAGACGAGUUUCCCGUUUAAGACGAGUUUCCCGUUUAAGACGAGUUUCCCGCGUCUCUAUAAGGAUAUCCCUAUUAACCGAAAAAAUCCUUUUUGUCGAUAUGGAUCUCAUUUUUUAAAGUUUCCGCAGCCCUUGAUAUAACCGACCAUUCUCAAACUAAAUUUUACAAGCAGUUGAGGCAAGUUAUCAUAUAUGUAUAUCUGCAUGGUGUCGCAUUUUGGGACGCCUUCAGGGUAAAAUCAAGUCGCAAUAUAAUAUUAUAACAUGCUUGCUACUUCGUAUGUAGCUAGUGUAUUAUUAUUAGGCAGUUAUCCUUUCUUUGCUGUCUAGCUAGCGUAUAUAUAAAUAUCGAAGAAUUGAAAAACUAUAUUUUCACUGAAUCAAUUAAUCGUUUACAAAAAUAGGGGCAGAGAGUGUUUUGUAUAAUAAAUUUUGAC